AUGUCAGUUCGACCAGAACCCAACAGCACAGCCGUUGAGGGGCAGGUCCAUCUGGCCAAUGGAGGAAACAGCUCCUGUUCUGGCAGAGUAGAGAUCUUCCUACGUGGACUGUGGGGGACGGUUUGUGACGAUUCCUGGGACCUGGUUGAUGCUCAGGUGGUGUGUAGACAGCUGGUCUGUGGCAGGGCCAUGUCAGCACCACAAAGUGCACGCUUUGGACAGGGCAGCGGGCCCAUCUGGUUGAUAUGUCACAUGCACAGGCAGCGAAUCAAAGCUCAGCGAGUGCAGACACAGGGGGUUGGACCCACGACUGUAAUCACAAUGAGGAGCUGGUGUGGUCUGCGAAGUUCGACCAGAACCCAAAGCACAGUUUUACCAUCCACACCUCGUCCACCACCUAAGAACUUCACCACCGGUCAAGUGGAAACUACAAAAACAACUCUAGGCAACAGCACAGCAGUUGAGGGGCAGGUCCAUCUGGCCAAUGGAGGAACCAGCUCCUGUUCUGGCAGAGUAGAGAUCUUCCUACGUGGACAGUGGGGGACGGUUUGUGACGAUUUCUGGGAGCUGGUUGAUGCUCAUGUUGUGUGUAGACAGCUGGGCUGUGGCAGGGCCAUGUCAGCACCACAACGUGCACGCUUUGGACAGGGCAGCGGGCCCAUCUGGUUGGAUGAUGUCAAUUGCACAGGCAGCGAAUCAAAGCUCAGCGAGUGCAGACACAGGGGGGUUGGAUCCCACAACUGUGAUCACACUGAGGAUGCUGGUGUGGUCUGCGAAGGUAAAUACAAAUGUGUACAACUAAAGGCAAUGAAGUCUCACUGUGUAACAUGCUGUCUAUGGUGUACCAUUUAGCAGAUGAGAGGAUUUUAGUAACCACUUGUU